GGGCCACGGACGGCAGCGGCGAUGUUGCAGCUGCGGGACUCGGUGGACUCGGAGGGCACGAGCCCCACGGCGGUGCUCGCGGCCGGCGAAGAGGUCGGGCCGGGCGGCGGCGGCGGCGCGGGUCGGGCGGGGGCAGGCACGCCGCUGCGCCAGACUCUGUGGCCUCUCAGCGUUCACGACCCCACGCGCCGCGCGCGCGUCAAAGAGUACUUCGUGUUCCGGCCCGGGACCAUCGAGCAGGCAGUGGAGGAGAUCCGCGUGGUGGUCCGACCGGUGGAGGACGGCGAGAUCCAGGGGGUGUGGCUGCUGACCGAGGUUGAUCACUGGAAUAAUGAGAAGGAGCGCCUGGUGCUCAUCACAGAGCAGUCUCUGCUCAUCUGUAAAUACGACUUCAUCAGUCUCCAGUGCCAGCAAGUGCUCAGAAUUGCCCUGAAUGCUGUGGACACCAUCUCCUACGGAGAAUUCCAGUUCCCUCCGAAGUCCCUGAACAAGAGAGCAGGUUUUGGGCUUCGCAUCCAGUGGGACAAGCAGAGUCGCCCUUCUUUCAUAAACAGAUGGAAUCCCUGGUCUACCAACGUGCCCUACGCCACCUUCAUUGAGCACCCAAUGGCUGAUGCGGAUGAGAAGACUGUGUCUCUGUGCCAGCUGGAAAGCUUCAAGGCUCUAUUGAUCCAGGCUGUCAAAAAAGCCCAGAAAGAGAGUCCUCUGCCAGGAAGUGCAAACACUGUGCUGGUCCUCGAGCGCCCCCUCCUCAUCGAGACCUACGUGGGACUGAUGUCCUUUAUCAACAAUGAAGCCAAACUGGGUUACUCCAUGACCAGAGGCAAGAUAGGCUUCUAGGGUCAGCUUCAGGGAGC